UGUAUUUAUGAAUUGAUUUUUUCUAUUGCGGAUGCGAUCGUGAAAAAAGUGUGUUCGUACAAUACGUGUUUGUCUGUUUUCACAGCAAAUUUUUCUGUGCUGCAAUUUGUGCCGUCGUUUCUUGCUUUUUUUAAAUUAAUUUGAUUGGUGCUAAUAAAAUUGUAGCCGACUAAUUAUUUGAACGCUCCCACGAUAAUUUAAGUUGUACUACUAAAUGGAAUCAUUAGGAAUGACCGACCAGCAGCAGUCAACUAUGGAUUCGGUAAGCGCAAAUUAUGAGGAGAUGCAGCAGAACGAGAUCACCGCAGUUCCACGCUAUGGACUCAAGCUGAAAUUUGACCACGUUUGGCCAGAGAAACGCAAUCAGAAUUUGCGACCAUCGCUGAAGCAAACUUUGCCGCUCGUUCCAUUGGCAUGCAGGUAUUCCGUUUACUAUUGGAAGGUGUCGCGUGAGAAUCGUCGCUGCUAUAUGGACUAUUACUAUAUGGAGAAUGGCAAACAAAUGUAUGGUGUCCCUUUGGGUGGUAUUGGCGGCGGUACCAUCGGCCGUGGAUUUGCCGGUGAAUUUUGUCGGUUUCAAAUGCGUCCUGGCAUGUACGAGUACAACGUGGUGCAGGCGAAUCAAUUUAUUGUGACAAUCAAAGAUGCCAAGGGUUGUACGAUAUUUCAAAGUUUACUUUCGAGAAGUAGGUAAGUCAAACCACAACAAGAUUAUGUUUUCAGCUAACUAAAACGCAUUGAGUCUAACUAAGUCGCCUGAGCCCAAUAAUCCUCUAACCACGUAACCAUUAUUACACCUAACAUGCUUUGUCUAUAUACUUUAUGUGAAUAAUGAUUUUGCUAAACAUGCAUAUGUGUCUUCGUUAGACUAUUUGUAUACAUAUUGGAACUAAUUUUUUGUUUUUGUUGUCUCAUAUGUUGGAUGACACAUAUUUUUCACACUUAAUUUUAUACAUAUUCAUGUUAUUCACGGUGCUAGUUAUCCCUUUCAACAUGUUAUCACUAUUAUUAAUCCACAUUUUCUGUAGGGAUUUGUCACUGUUAGCGCCAUUAGGUAUAUAUGUACGUACAUUAGGGUGCAUCACCAAAAAAAAAGA